GCACGCUCGCUCGCGCUGAACUCAGCUCGAGUGUGUGAUCAGUGUCGCGCUCGGCGCUUGUGGAGACGCAGCGGUUCCGAUUAUUUCCUCGCGUGUGUGAGAGACGCGACGCGACGCGACGCGCGUGAGUUCAGCGCUUCUGCGGGACGCGCCGGAGGUUCGAGAGGAGACGCGGCGCGAUGGAGCGCUCGCGAGGAAACACAGUCUUACUGCUGGUCAACAAAAUGAAUUCACACAAAGGCCCACAAUAUCCCAGAUGUGAUUGCAAAAAAGAUGUUCUGUGGACUGACGCUCACACUCUGAGUGAUCUCCGGCCCUGAGCCUUUACCACGUCCCACGAGACGCCUCGUCGCUAACACGCCGCCGGUCACCGUUCCGCUUCGCUGGCUUCCCGUCCGUCUCUUGCUGUCUGUCUCCAUGGCCACCUUUCUGAGCUCCGUGCUCCUGCUGGUGCUGCGGACGUACGCCGCUCCUCCAGAACACAUCCAGGUGUGGCCGGGCGGGUGGACGCCGGUCCCGGGAGAGGCCGGAAACGAAACGCUCUCGCCGUCUCUGGUGCCGCCGCCGGGAACCGCUCAGCACGCUCCUCACAGCAUCAUCAUCGGCGUCCGGAAAGGAGGCACUCGAGCGCUGCUGGAGAUGCUGGACAUUCACCCUGAGGUGGCUGCGGCCGCCACAGAGGUUCACUUCUUCGAUUGGGACGAGAACUACGUCAAAGGUUUGGAGUGGUACCGGGAGCAGAUGCCCUACUCGUACCCUCAUCAGAUCACUGUGGAGAAGACGCCGGGGUACUUCACGUCUCUGGCGGCCCCCGCGCGCAUCUGCGCCAUGAACCCGUCCAUCAAACUCCUGCUGAUCCUGAGAGAUCCCACCGAGAGGGUCGUCUCCGACUACACACAGGUUUACUUCAACCGGCUGGAGAACCGCAAGCCCGUGCAGGCCAUCGAGCGCAUGCUGGUGAAGAACGGCGCCUUGAACACGCGCUACAAAGCCAUCCAGCGCAGUCUGUACGACGUGCACAUGAGAAACUGGCUCCAGUAUUUCCCCCUGCGGCAGAUUCACAUCGUGGACGGAGACACGCUGAUCCGUGACCCGCUGCCGGAGCUUCAGAGGGUGGAACGCUUCUUGGAUCUGCCGCCUCGGAUUCAGGCCUCCAACUUCUACUUCAACCAGACCAAAGGCUUCUACUGCAUCCGCAGCGACGGGCACGAGAGGUGUCUGCACGAGUCCAAGGGACGUCCUCAUCCCCCCGUCAACGGCACCGUGCUGCGCCAGCUGCGCUCCUACCUGCGCCAACAUAAUCGAGACUUUUACAGACUUAUUGGACGAACCUUUAACUGGCACUAGCGGGACGGGCCAAUCAGAGCCGAGGGAGCGAUGUUAUCAAUCACCCUCUGUGCUGCUGUUAAGACACCAGUGUCACACAUUUGGUGAUUUUCUCUCCUUCUCUUUGUUUGUUUGAUAUUCUUGUACUUGAUAAUAAAUUGUUCUGCUGCCAACACUCUGAAUGUCUCUGGUGUUAGAACGAUGAUGUUUUCACACUGGUGUUAUUUGUAGACGUGGUG